UCAACGUCUUAAACUGUCAUAGAAAUAUAAGGAGACGAGUAGGUCCUUCCCCACAUGCAGCUUACUGCUUCACUCCCUCUGUAACAACAAGAACAGCAGCAAAAAUCUUGAAUUCCUCCGAAAUCAUCUCCUCCUCUUUGAACCCACAUUCAAUCUUAGCUAAAGGUUUCGACUUUCAAAUGCAAAUCUUUCUAGAGUUUCCUUAAUGACGGAGAUACGAAUGGGGUUUUGUUUGAAGACGAUGGUCUUCUUGUUUCCCAUCUGGCUUUUUAGUUUCGAGCUCUGCCAUGACCGCAUCUUCACCUUCGAGAUGCACCACCGGUUCUCUGAACCGGUCAAGAGCUGGUCCAAGUCCACCAGGAGGCUCCCCCAUUUGCCCGUAGAAGGCACUUUCGAGUACCACGCCGUGUUGGCUCACCGCGAUCGUCUCUUUGGAGGCCGGAUACUCGCCGACUUCAAGGGACCUUUCGCAUUCUCCGAUGGAAACUCCACUUAUCGAAUCAGUUCUUUGGGAUUCUUGCAUUAUACAACGGUGCAAUUGGGGACCCCAGGAGUGAAGUUCAUGGUGACACUAGAUACGGGGAGCGAUCUGUUUUGGGUGCCCUUAGUCGUUGUAGGUACCCUAAACAAAGCAAAUUUGUUGUGGCAGGAUUUUGAGCUCAAUGUAUACAAUCCUAGAGGAUCAUCAACUAGCAGAAGGGUCCCUUGCAUCAGCAGCUUGUGUGCACACCGUAAUUGCUGUCUUGGAACGUUCAGCAAUUGCCCUUACGAGGUCUCUUAUAUCUCUGCGCAAAUUGCUACUUCUGGGAUUUUAGUGGAGGCUGUUCUACAUUUAAGGAUAGAAGAUAGUCAUCAGGAAUCAGUGAAGGCCUAUGUCACGUUUGGGUGUGGACAGGCUCAAAGUGGCUCCUUUCUGGAUGUUGCAGCCCCAAAUGGCUUAUUUGGGCUUGGCAUGGAGAAGAUAUCUGUUCCUAGCAUUUUAUCCCAGGAAGGUUUAACAGCAGAUUCUUUUUCCAUGUGUUUUGGACAUGAUGGGAUUGGAAGAAUUAGUUUUGGAGACAAGGGCAGUCCCGACAAGAAUGAAACCCCAUUUAAUCUAAAUCCAUCCUGCCCAACCUAUAACAUUAGUGCAACUCAAAUUCGAGUAGGAACUGCUCUAAUUGACUCUGAGUUCACUGCUCUGUGGUGUUCCUGUUGGGGGAUGCAUCCUGCCUAUCACUUUGGGCAUAUUGCCUUGGGCGCUUGGGUCUAUUGUUUCUUUGUUCCCUGGGGGGAGGCCUCCCCAGGAGUCGAACCCAAGGUCUCCUUUAAGAGACUUUCGCAGGCAUGCGAUAAACAACACUCACCUGAUUCAAGAAUCCCAUUUGAGUACUGUUAUGAUAUGAGCCCUGAUACAAAUGCUAGUUUGACACCUAGCAUGAGUUUAACAAUGAAAGGUGGAGGCCUCUUUGCCAUUUAUGAUCCAAUAAUUGUUAUCUCCACUAAGAGUCAACUUGUAUAUUGCCUGGCUAUUAUCAAGAGCACAGAAAUGAAUAUAAUUGGGCAGAACUUUUUGACAGGCCAUCGGGUUGUGUUUGACAGAGAGAAGUUAGUCUUGGGCGGGAAGAAGUUUGAUUGCAAGCAUUGCUUUGCUUCAUAUGCAUACUUUUCCUCAAUGCUCUCGUAUGAUGGCCUUAAUAACUUGUGAAACCUUGUCCUUUAAUCAGGUUACGACAUUGAGGAAACCAACAAUUUCCCAGUAGAACCACUUUCUUCCUCUGUGCCUUCUGCAUUUGCUGCUGGAAUAGGUAAUUAUACUGCUCCACAAAAGACCAGGAACAAUUCUCGGACUUCAAUUGCCUCACAAUCUUCCCAACUCCAUGCUUCUCUUCUGUCUUGCAUCAAAUCUUUCAUGUUGUCUCUAUUAUUGUAGCCAUUCUCUAGUUUGCUUUCCCAAGUCAGUUGCAGAUCCAUUCAAUAGCAUCAUUAGUCUUAUCAUCAUCCUUUAUACAAUACUCCUUUCCAUUCCGCAGACUAUACCAUUCUCUG